AUGGACUCGAUACCAUCAGAAAUAUUGGUUCAGAUAUUCACAUAUCUGCGACCCUGUUCUCUGUAUCAAUGGCAGGAGCUGAGUUUGUCGAACCGAAAGUGGCCCCCGGCAAAGGAUCUCGCGGCACUCUCAGCCGUGUGCCACAGAUUCCACAAACUAGUUGAACCGUUGCUAUUCGCACAUGUCGCAGUUGGUUCCGGAAAUCCCGAAGAUGACAGGCUCGUGGAGUUGUUUCUGCGAAGCCUACACCGAGAGCCUUCGCCACGUCUGGCGGUGCGAAAUCUCUUCGUGGACGCGUGGGAUGUGCAGUUAGAUAUUGCCGGUGUCGUGGCCAAGCGUCUCGCCACUGGCACUGAUGAUCUCGGCCGGCGACAGGUGAGAUGGCUGAAGACUUGGCUCUCGAUGCCGAAGAAGGAGGUGUUCGAGCCCAUCCCUUGCGUCAGCCUCUUCCUUACUCCCCGAGUCAGACUCCUAGAUCUGGGUGCAGCUUUUUGGCCUGACUGGAUCGCCAUGUACAUCAGCGGCAAUCGUUAUCUGGAAGAAAAGGCUUUGGGAGCUAAUAUGUACUUUGGCCCAACCGGAAUAUGUCCUUAUGAGCCGCUUGUCGCAGAGGAACAUGAUGGUGAUCAUGAUGAUUCUACCAGCCAGCAGCACACAGAAAGGGUGCUUUCUACCCCGCUCGCCGACAGUCCACUCCCAGAGCUCAAGGAGGUGCGGUGUAGAUAUGUGUUACCCAAUAGCCUUCAAUCCGCCCGUCGCAUCGAACCUCUUUUCCUUCACCCAGGGCUUCAAACUCUGCGUCUGUUCGCCUUCUCCUGGGACGGCGGUAUGAAAUGGAUUCAUCCCACAAGCAACCUUCAAGUCAUCCAGCUGAACAGCUGUUUUGUGGAUUCUGAUGGCCUGGAAAACAUCCUCCGCCGUUGCAAACUUCUGCGCCACCUCUCUAUUCAGUUUCCUGACUGCGAUAGAAUAACCGACGGUGGUGAAGACUUUGCUAAUUUCGUGACAAUGGGAGACGUUUUCAGGACGUACGGACACCACCUCGAGACCUUUGAGCUGGACGCAAAGGCGUACGGUGAGGUUUUCAACCCCACUCGGCCCUUUGGACCUGUGAAAGAGAUGAACUUCCUCCGCAACUUCAAGAUUUGCGUGGUAGACUUCCAGAAUAUUGCAUCAGGUGGAUUUGACGAGGAGGAGGAGAGGCACAGGUGGACGGUGCCCUUGAGGGGCGUUUUACCCCAGGGACUAGAGACAUUUUACGUGGUCCGCUCUCCGGGAUUUAUUCCGCUGAAGGACGUUGAGAUCUUAAGAGCUCUUCGCGAUGUCUUAGAAGAUCAGACCCUAACUUCAUUGCGUCGGGUCGAACUGGAACUUUCCGGUGAAGAAACAUUUGAUGAAGACGACUUGCUUAUCUCAGGAUGGAAAGUGUCAGAAGGAAGGCAUUUGGUUUGCAAAGAUCCUUAUAAGGACAGGGCUCGAUAUCCCGCCAUUGAUGAAGACGAGGAGCCGGACGAAAGACAGACUAUCGUCUUUCAACGCGAAGAUGGAUGGCAAUCGGCCUGA